UCACAGUCCCGCACUCGCACGCGCCCCAGCGCCAGGAGCCGGAGCGGCGAGACCUCUCUCUCCGAAGCAGGCGGAGGGGCGCGCUCCGAGCAGGAUGGGCGACUGGAAGGGCUACAUCAGUGCGGUGCUGCGGGACCAGCGCAUCGACGACGUGGCCAUCGUGGGCCACUCGGACAACCGCUGCGUGUGGGCGUCGAGGCCCGGGGGCCUGCUGGCGGCCAUCUCCCCGCAGGAGGUGGGCGUGCUCACCGGGCCCGACCGACAGACCUUCCUGCAGGCGGGCCUGAGCGUGGCCGGCCGCCGCUGCUGCGUCAUCCGAGACUACCUGCUGGCCGAGGGAGACGGCGUACUGGACGCGCGCACCAAGGGGCUGGACGGGCGCGCCGUCUGCGUGGGCCACACGCCGCGCGCGCUGCUGGUGCUCAUGGGCCGGCGCGGCGUGCAUGGCGGCCUCCUUAACAAGACCGUGCACGAGCUGAUCCGCGGGUUGCGCACCCAGGGCGCCUAGCCGGCCAGCCAGACCCAAUAAACUGUGAUCCGGGGAGCCGCA